UGCAAACAUAGCGACCUUACUCAUGCAGUUGUUAGAAUUUCGUGACCAAAUAUGGUCAUACAAUAAUUUGGAGUUUUGUAGGUCUACGGAUUGAGAAGAAUAUCAAGGGUGGUCAUCCAUUAGAAAUCGCAUAAAGUACUCAGAUCUUCUAUGCCCACGCGCGAAGUGUUUUCCGGAUAGUCACCCAAGAUCUUGCCGACCCUGAAUAUUCGUGAGCCAAUGGAUGUUCCUCGUUUCUUCCUCAGAUCCAAUAGAAUAUUCGCAUGAGUCUGACCAGUAUGCGAAGACAGACGAGCCGCAGUGUUUCUAUCAUUAUUGGAUCGAGUCACACACGCGAUUCUGACCGACCUCACCCACGUUCGGCAAAUCUUUUCAAGACGAAAUAAAUUUUCAAAUACUUCGUUCGUGUAAAAAAUCGUGAAAAUGUCGACUGUUGCAAGUCCUUUGGCGGUUGGUGGCACCAGACAAUCCGGUGCUCCAGUUCGCACACAAAAUGUCAUGGCAGCAUCCUCCAUUGCUAACAUUGUGAAGAGCUCCUUAGGACCUGUUGGUCUUGACAAAAUGCUCGUCGACGAUAUUGGGGAUGUAACAGUAACAAAUGAUGGUGCAACAAUACUACGUCUCCUUGAGGUUGAGCAUCCGGCAGCUCGUGUAUUGGUAGAGCUUGCUCAGCUUCAAGAUGAUGAGGUUGGCGAUGGAACAACCUCUGUUGUUAUCAUUGCUGCUGAACUUUUGAAGAAUGCUGAUGAAUUAGUUAAACAGAAAAUUCAUCCAACAUCAGUCAUUAGCGGGUACCGACUUGCGUGCAAAGAGGCAUGCAAAUACAUUCAAGAACAUCUGACCGUCAGCGUCGAUGAGUUGGGUAGAGACUGUUUAGUCAAUGUGGCCAAGACCUCAAUGUCCAGCAAAAUCAUUGGAGCUGAUGCAGACUUUUUUGCCAACAUGGUAGUAGAUGCAUCUAACGCAGUAAAAGUCAAUGACGGAAAGGGUGGACAUUUGUAUCCCGUGAAAGCCGUCAACAUAUUAAAAGCUCACGGAAAAAGUGCUCGCGAGUCUAUUCUUGUACCUGGAUAUGCUUUGAACUGCACCGUAGCCUCACAAGCUAUGCCGAAAAAAAUAGUAAAUGCCAAAAUCGCGUGCCUUGACUUUUCACUGCAGAAAGCAAAAAUGAAGCUGGGAGUUGAGGUACUUAUUACCGACCCUGAGAAGUUGGAGGGAGUUCGUCAACGUGAAUCUGACAUCACUAAAGAACGUAUCCAAAAAAUCCUUGCUGCUGGUACUAAUGUUAUUUUUGUCACGGGUGGUAUUGAUGAUCUCUGUCUCAAGUAUUUUGUUGAAGCUGGUGCUCUAGCGGUUCGCAGAUGUAAAAAAUCUGAUCUUAAGCGCAUUGCCAAAGCAACCGGUGCCCAGUUUUUAACAUCUUUGACUAAUAUGGAAGGAGAGGAGAGUUUCGAUGCAAACUUUUUGGGUGAAGCUGCGGAAGUUGUCCAAGAAAACGUGUGUGACGACGAGCUCAUUCUCAUUAAAGGGCCAAAGGCACGUACAGCUGCUUCUAUCAUUUUGCGCGGACCUAACGAUUUCUAUUGUGAUGAAAUGGAGCGAUCUGUUCAUGACGCCUUAUGCGUAGUGAAGAGAGUGUUAGAAAGCAAAUCAGUAGUUGCUGGUGGAGGCUGUGUUGAAGCAGCCCUUUCUAUUUAUCUCGAGAAUUUCGCUACUUCUUUGAGUUCCAGAGAGCAGCUCGCUAUUGCAGAAUACGCCAAGUCCCUUCUUAUAAUACCAAAAACACUAGCUGUUAAUGCUGCGCAAGAUGCGACAGACCUUGUUGCAAAAUUGAGAGCAUAUCAUAAUUCUAGCCAGACAAAGGCUGAUCACGCUCAUUUGAAAUGGGUGGGACUGGAUUUAAUUGAAGGGACAGUAAGGGAUAACAAAAAAGCCGGGAUAUUGGAGCCAGCAAUAUCUAAAAUUAAAUCAUUGAAAUUCGCGACUGAGGCAGCAAUCACCAUUCUGCGAAUUGAUGACAUGAUAAAACUGGACCCUGAGCAAAGCAACGAUAGAUCUUAUCAAGAUGCAAUGGCUGCUGGUGACCUCGAUGGGUAGAAUUAAAUAUUCGCACUUGGUUUUCAUUCUACCUUCUCGUUAUAAAUAUCGAGUUGGCGCCCUUAACUUCACGUUCGCUUUAAUUUAAUUAACGUAUCUAUCAUUUAAUCACAGUGAUGAUGUACUAGAUACAUUUCGACUGUCAUACAUUAAUUUUGUAAGUUGAUUCAAUAUAAACAAUUUGCUAAUCGUAAAGUUAAGAAAUAAAGCUUUUUAAAAUGAA